AUGAGGCUUAUCACUAUCAUAUUCGCUACCACAACCUUGGCGCAGUACUGUAAGCCCCCUCCGUCAGGCUGCCAGGUGCUUAACUGCAACGAUUGGUAUCCCCCAGGACCUCACGGGCUUUGUUUCCGCGACGACGGAAAACCUAAAUGCCCCGGUACUCGCCUGACAUGCUGCCGAUCACAGCUUGAUGCAGCCCCUUAUUGCUACUAG